AAGUUGUGAACAAGAAGAGCAGCUGAGAAAUAGUGUAAACAACACCUCCGAAAGUGCAUUCGAGUGAUUCGAGCUUAAAUUGCUGCAAGUGCACACAAAAAUGGCACCAUUGCGAUGGGCGAUUGUCAGUGCCGGAACGAUAGCGCACGAUUUUGCUUGUGCCGUGUCCACGUUGCCUUCGGCCGACCAUCAACUGGUGGCGGUUGGAGCACGUGGUCUGGAGAAUGCCCGAAAGUUUGCCGAACUGCACGGCAUCCCACGGUUCUAUGAAGGCUACGAGGCUAUAGCGAAAGAUCCGGAAGUCGACGUCGUGUACGUCGGGACGGUCAACAACGCGCACUAUGAGGUCAGUCGGAUGAUGUUGGACGCCGGCAAGCACGUCCUUUGUGAGAAGCCUUUGUGCGUGAAUCGCGGCCAGGCCCGCGCCCUGCUCGAUUUUGCCCGUGAACGGGGUCGGUUCUGCAUGGAAGCGAUCUGGUCACGGUUUUUCCCGAGCUACGUGCAUCUGCGCGAUCGCAUCAAUCGGAGUGAUCUGGGCCGGAUCGAGCAGGUCGAGGUGCAGUUUGGUUUUCCGUUGACACAUGUCGAGCGGGUGCGUAUGAAGAGCCUCGGUGGCGGAACGGUGCUGGAUCUUGGGGUGUAUGCCAUCCAGUUGGCCAUGUGGGUGUUCCAGGCGGAACCGACACACACCGAAGCGGCCGGUCAUCUUAACGAGGAGGGUGUGGAUGUUGGAAUUACCGCCGUCAUGCGAUUCCCGAGUGGGGGUUUCGCCUCCAUUCGCACGAGUGCCAUCGACAAACUUUCCAACAACGCGACCAUCAUCGGGACGAAGGGCUCCAUAACGCUCCAUGACUUCUGGUGUCCGAUAGAGUUGACCGAUAUUGAUGGAACUGUGCGCUCGUAUCCACUACCGGCGUCCAAAAUUGAGUGCAUUCUGCUCAACAGCGUCGGGCUGCGGUACGAAGCAGAGGAAACACGUCGCCGAAUCUUGGCCGGAGAGCUCGAGUCACCUUCCGUGUCGCACAACGAUAGCCUUGCCAUUGCCGGUGUGCAGGACGCUAUCAGGAAGCAGAUAGGUGUCGAGAUGCCUGAAGAUUACAUCUUCAAGAGCUAAGGUGGCAGCUGAGCUUUCGUGUCUUGGAGUGUGUGUUUACAUGUAAAAAUAUAGGAAAUAAAUAUAUAAGUAUCCCAGGAUCUUUUCGGUGAACAACGUAGCUGGCAGAA